AUACACCAUAUCAAACAGAAAAAAAUAUUGUUUGGAUUGAUAAAAUUUAUCUACAUGUUUGCACCAAUUUAAUUAUAUACGUAAUAGUUACUGACUUUUUAAUUAUUCAAUAUAUAUUCAUUAUUUCAUAAUAUGUAAAAUAUAUAAUAUAUAAAAUAAUUUAUAUGCAGUGUUCUCGUGCAAAGAGUAAUCUAUCAUAUUAAUAUAACGCGGAACUACAUCAUCUUAGCCUAUCGUGUCAAACCUUUUUUCAACAUCCUGCCAGUUUCUUUGACCGAUUGAAUUUUAUUUCUCCAUUGAUUUCCUUAGAAAGUGUAAUUCUUUUGCCCAUCCUGACCGCAACUCUAAUCAUUCAUCCCAUCUCAUCUAAAAAAUCAGAAUCGACACAAAAUUUCAUAAAGGAACCUAAAGAAAAUUUUAGAAUAACAUCGGACAGUCCAAUUACGACUACUGAAAACGCAUGAUUUCAAAAUUUUAUACUUUACGGGUGAAAAUUUUAAUGGCUCCACGGGUUCCACGACUCUGUUUCAUUAAAAUAAGUCUACUUUAUCAAAAAUUCUAUAAGAAUUAUUUAUCUCAACAAUUUAACGCAUAUUUAUAGGCUUGUGUGGUUUUGACUUAAUUAGGUAUAUUAACACACAUAUAUAUAGAUUUUGUUUCGUGUAUCAAACUCAAAAUUCCACUCCUUUAUAUCAAACUCAAAAUUAUACUAAUUUAAACCCCAAAACUCUUAAAUUAUUCAUCUUUUCAUUCCAUAAAAGAGAUCCAUGACAAGUGAGCUCUGCUUUACAAGUUCUCUCUGUUGAUCGCAUGUUCUUGUUGUGUUUGGUUCGAUGAGAGAAGACAAACACGUGGCUCAAGCCACAGAAGAUCAUCAUCAUCAGCGACAACAAAACCUAGCAACGAGUUUAAGCUCUAAACUAGCAAAGACAUGGAUCACCACCAAAAUCUACAUCUUCGUCCUCUUCAUCUUCCUCCUUUGUGCUUCUCUUUCUUGGAUAUUUACGUUUGUAUUAGGAGAAAGUAGAUUCCAAGUAACAUCAGUAUUCACAAGAAACACCAACAAAAGUGCUACCACAACAACAAAUAUCCCGAAGAUCAUCAUCAAGAUCCCAUUAAACUGCACACUCCUCAACAACAACACCACCCAAACAUGUCCUUCAAAUUAUCCCACCAAGUUCGAACCAGCGAUCUCUUCCUCGGAAACUUGUCCUGACUACUUCAGGUGGAUCCACCGAGACUUCAAGGUAUGGCAAAAGACAGGAAUCACAAGGGAUACACUAGAGAAAGCAAGACCACACGCUCAUUUCAGGGUGGUAAUAAAGUCAGGGAGAUUAUACGUUCAUCAAUACGAGAAAGCAUUUCAGACAAGAGAUGUGUUCACAAUUUGGGGAAUACUUCAACUUCUAAGAAUGUAUCCAGGUCAAAUCCCUGAUCUUGAGCUUCUCUUCCUCUGCCAUGACAAACCCGCCAUUUGGAAAAGAGACUUCAAAAAGGACACAUGGCCUCCUCCGCCGUUGUUUCACUAUUGCGGUCACCGGGAUGCAUACGACAUCGUGUUCCCUGAUUGGAGCUUCUGGGGUUGGCCAGAGCUGAAUAUAAAGGAGUGGAAUAAGUUAUCUGUGGCACUAAAAGAAGGCAACAAAAGGGUGAAAUGGGAAGAUAGAAUUCCGUACGCUUAUUGGAAAGGAAACCCUAAUGUUUCUCCAGUAAGAGGAGAGCUCAUGAGAUGUAACUUCUCCGACAAGUAUGAUCCUAUGGUUCGUCUCUAUGUUCAGGAUUGGAGAAGUGAGAUUGAGAAGGGGUUUAGAGGAUCAAACCUAGAAGAUCAAUGCACUCAUAGAUAUAAGAUUUACGUAGAAGGGAAUGCAUGGUCGGUGAGCGAGAAAUAUAUACUUUCAUGUGAUAGCAUGACUCUGUUGGUUAAACCAGAGUACUAUGAUUUUUUCAUAAGAAGUAUGGUCCCAAUGAAGCAUUACUGGCCUAUUAGACGCAACAACAAGUGCCGUGACCUCAAAUUCGCUGUCGAAUGGGGUAACAACAACACCGAAAAGGCACAAGUCAUAGGGAGGCAAGGAAGUGAUUACGUGAUGCAGAAUCUAGAGAUGAAGUAUGUAUAUGACUACAUGUUAUAUGUGUUGCAAGGCUAUGGGAAACUGAUGAAGUUGGAUGUGACUGUGCCUGAAAAUGCGACUGAAGUGUGUUCAGAGACGAUGGCUUGUCCGAUCACUGAUGGUGGACUGAUCAGGCAGUGUAUGGAUGAUUCGUUGGUUAUGUCACCGAGCAUCAAGGCGGCUUGUAAAUUGCCAAAACCUUAUGGUGACAAUGAGCUCAAAAGGAUUCUUAAGAAACAGGAGAGUGUAAAGAGAAGGGUUAGGAAGUGGACCGAUGAGUAUUGGAACGUGAGAAGUGGCAAAUAAGAUUAUUUUCUUUGAUCGUGAAAAUAUAAAUUGUAACUUGUGAAUUUGGUUUGCAUUGUAUGAAUCAAAAUAUAAUCAAGUGUGUGUUCCAAGAAAAAAAAAAUCCGGUGUUGCUAAUCUAGUUUCAACUUUCAGCAAUGAAGAAUAAGGCGCAUGAGAGAUUUACGAACGUGAUGAUAGUAAGUUAAUCUAUGUAAAAUAAUCAUAGUAUAAGGUGCAUUGUAAUGUAUGUCGCUUGUUUAAGAAUGAUGUAUAAGACUUUUAGUAUAUAAAAGGAUACGGUCGUUUUAACAAAUAGUGUUUGACCAUUGUUAAGUCGUAUUGAUAUCCCUUGUAUAUUAGUUGAAGAGCAUUACAACA